AUGGGUUCAGUCAUAGAUUAUUCUCAGGUCGAGAUUCCCCUAUUCUGUAAAGCGGGAGUGGUGGUCAAUGAAGGCCCCAGUUUCCAUGUUGAGGUACAGAUGGUACCUGUGCCACAGCCAGGCCCUGACGAUGUUUUGAUCAAGCUAAACUACACCGGACUUUGCUCGUCCGAUAUCCAUAUGAUGCGAGGAGACCUAGGCCUCCCGCAUAUGUCAGAGUUCGGUGUGCGAUCUCCAGGGCAUGAAGGUGCGGGUGUAGUGGUCAAAGUUGGAGCCAACGUGAGAACUUUCAAGUUAGGCGAUAGAGCCGGAAUCAAACCGAUCAUGAAUACAUGCGGGUCCUGCUCACUUUGCUGGGGGGACAAGGAGACAUAUUGCAAGGGCGCAGUCCUAACUGGUCUUUUGACGGCAGGUACUUACCAGCAAUACUUGGUAUCACCGGCACGAUAUACAUCGCCAAUUCCAGAUGGAGUCCCCGACGAGAUUGCCGGCCCCAUUAUGUGCAGUGCCAGCACUAUCUAUCGAUCUCUGGUUGAGUCUAACCUUCGAUCGGGGGCUUGGGUUGUUUUCCCUGGCGGUGGUGGUGGUGUGGGGAUUCAAGGUGUACAGCUGGCCAAAGCAAUGGGUAUGCGUCCGAUCGUGGUGGACACGGGAGAAUCCAAACAGAAGUUGUCGCUCGAGAUGGGAGCAGAGGCCUUUGUGGAUUUCAAGGAAGUUGCCGACCCCACCACAGCUGUGAUUAAGAUUGCCGAUGGGGUCGGGGCUCAUGGGGUAUUUGUGACAGCCCCUGCUGCGUAUAAAGAUGCAGUUUCGUUCAUCGGAGACCGUAUCGGAGGCAUUGUUAUGUGCAUUGGUCUUCCUGUUGCAGGGUCGAUGACGAUGGGAGCCGAUCCCUGUCAAUAUGUCUUCAAGAAUCUUACCAUCAAGGGCACCCUUGUGGGUAGCCGGAGUGAUGUUGCCAUGGCGUUGGAUUUCGCACGGCGAGGGGCGCUACGACAAAUUAGUGAAGUGUAUCCAAUCAAUCGCAUGCCCGAGGCUGUGGAGAAACUACGGAAGGGGGAGGUGGCCGGACGGAUUGUGAUCAAUUUCAACUGGGAGGAGUAG